UCCGCAAAUUGAGAAAUCUUAUGAGUGACGUUCUGGGAUUACUGUAACAGAUUCUGAUUCCUCAGUUUGCAGAUUUACCAUCAUUUAGCCGUAGCCAUGUUUUAAAAACAGAAUAAUCGUCAACGGUUCGGCACCGACACGGUAAAUCUUGUUUCUCCUCACAAGGGUCAUUUCCGUCCGUCCCUUUACCGUAAAGGCGAGCGAGGAGGCGCACCCCGAAUAAUCAGAUGCUCCUACUGUGCGCGGCGUCAAGCCAGUAGUGGUCAGAAACUUGCCGCUGUGUUGAAAACUUUCUCCCGCCGGUGGUCACCUUGGCGUUGCUGUGACACAACCGGGGAAGAUGGCGCGGCGCUACAACCGGGCCGCGUCCGGUUUGAGCGAACAAUUGAAGAAAUAUCCCCGACACGUCGCCGGGCUCCGCUUGACGUUGUGGCUGCUCUUGCUGUCCUCGGCGGCGGAGGCCGGACUGUACACGGGCUCCGAUCAGAUCGUCGCGCUCUCCCCGGACAAUGUCAAAUCGGUUUUGGUCAACUCCAGCUCGGCUAUGGUGGUGGAGUUCUAUGCGUCGUGGUGUGGGCACUGCAUCUCCUUCUCGCCCACCUACAAGCGACUGGCGAGAGACAUUAAAGAGUGGAAACCUGCCGUUGACCUGGCAGCCAUCGACUGUGCUGAUGAGAAUAACAGGAAGGUCUGCGUAAGCUUCGGUAUCAGAGGAUAUCCAACAUUAAAGUUUUUCAAUGCCUACAGCCGAGAGGAUUCUGCUGGACAGACUUUUCAAGGUUUGCCCCAUGAUGUCCAAGCUCUCCGUCACCACAUCAUAGAUCUAAUGGAAAAACACCAAGACCCGUGGCCUCCAGCCUGCCCGCCACUGGAGCCCACCAGCCAAGCUGAAAUCGACAUCUUGGUGGAGACAAAUAGCAUUCGACACCUCGCCCUGAUCUUUGAAGAUGCGACCUCCUACAUUGGCAGAGAGGUGAUCUUGGACUUGUUGCAGUUUGAGAACAUUGCAGUGCGUCGGGUCUUGAGCACUGAAGAAGAACUCGUGACCAAAUUGGGGGUGACGGAGUUCCCAUCCUGCUACCUUUAUUCUCCUGGAGGCAAUUUCACCCGACUCAAAAUCAACUUCGAGGCCCGUGCUUUUUACUCCUACGCUCUUCAGGGGCUUCCAGGGGUGGUACGUUCAGGGAAGUCCACGCCGGCCACCACAAAUCCCAUCAGCAAACAUACAGAGGACCUCUGGAGACAUUUCAACAGGUCCAGAGUGUACAUGGCGGAUCUGGAAUCCACGCUGCAUUACUCGCUGCGGGUGGAGCUGGCUUCUCAUCCUGUCAUCGCAGGAGAGGCGUUGACUUCUCUAAGAAAGUACAUCUCAGUCUUGGCAAAGUACUUCCCUGGCCGACCCAUCCUGAUGAACCUGUUGAAGUCUCUCAGUUCGUGGCUACAAGACCAGACUGGUGACCAAGUUUCAUAUCAAGCGUUGAGUGAGAUCCUAGAAAAUUCUGCACAGGCUCCAGAUACCGCCUUGCCCGAGGGGGUGAGGUGGGUGGGUUGCCAGGGCUCACAACCCCACCUCAGACGUUAUCCGUGUGGCGUGUGGACUCUCUUCCACCUUCUUACAGUCCAGGCCAAGAAAUCUGGAGGCUCAGAUCCCAAGGAGGUGCUGAGCGCGAUGACAGGUUACGUCCACAACUUCUUCGGCUGCAGGCCGUGCGCUGAGCACUUCGAGAACAUGGCCAAGGAGAGCCUGAUGGAGGUGAAGUCCUUUUCUGAAGCCAUCCUCUGGCUUUGGUCCCGACACAAUCAUGUCAACAACAGAAUAGCAGGGGCUUUGAGCGAGGACCCCAACUUCCCAAAGGUCCAAUGGCCUCCGCCUGACCUGUGCCCGGCUUGUCACACAGUAAAGGACAACGGGGACCACAAAUGGAACAACCAGCAGGUUCUGCUCUUCCUUCAGAACUUCUACUCUGCCGAGCAGAUCCUCACAGACUACCUGGAAGACGAAAGUGAGGUUCUGGCCAAGCAGAAGGUUAAACUGCAGCAAAUUUUGGAGGCUCAGAAGCGGGUCGGAAGAGAAGCCAGAGAAAUCACGAGCCCUCACAAUCUUCCUCCUCCGACACAAGCUGUUGUGGAAGAGGAGGAGGAGGAGGAAGACGAAGCAGUGGGAGAUGAAGAGGAGGAAGCCGUGAGGGACGGAGGAGCGGCGGCGGGAGGGAAGACCUUCGAACCCACACCCUGGGCCCGAGGGGAAACCAAGCGGCAGAACAUCAGGAGGCCGCCGAGCAUCGUGGGGAAGAAGAUGCGCGACGCGCAGGAGGACAUCGUGGACCUGGACUCGUUUGUCAACCAGCACCACAAGGCCAAAGCCGUGCAGGUGGCCACCUCCAGUCGGGUCAAACAACGCACGCUGCAGAGGAACCGGGAGGAGCGAGACGGGCUCGGGCUGGUCGGCCCGGAGCCCGAGUUCGGUUCCGACGAGGCCAUGCGCGUGCAGAAGCGAGAACUGUCGGCCCGCUUCGGCGGAGGCGCCGGCUCGGGAAGGAGAGGCAGCUGGAUGUCCAUGCUGAGCAUCGGCUUCUCCAAAGUGGACGUCAGCCUGUGCGUCAUCCUCUACGUCCUGUCGUCCAUGUGUCUCCUGGCCAUGUACCUCUUCUUCAAAACCCGCCUCCGUCUGCGGCGGGUCAAAGUAUCACUGCCCUGAUCCAAAGCGCGGUCCGGCCACGUCGCAGGUAAGCGUAAGAAGAUGUGUUCCAGAUUAGCCCGGCCCCCACUUAACCGCUUCCUACUGGAGACCACACACACGCUGGCUUCCCCGCCGGUCUGGUUCCGCGCUUUAAGGUGCUCGUGGCGCCGUCCGCUGGCUCGAGAGCUUUUCGGCAAACACCCGACUGUGGAUGUUUAUUUUUAUCAGUGGAAGUGAUCGGAGUGAAGGAGGACCUUUUUUUUUUUUUUUUUUUUUUUUCCUGAUUCUGCCAUGAAGGACAUUUUAACUUAAUUUGAGGUCAAAGGAACUACGACAGCUAACUUCUCUACUGUGAUUUCGCAAGUAUUUCUUCGUUUUGCAAGCAUUUUAUUUCAUUUUUUUGCAGGAAGAAGACUCCCACUAUGAAUUUCACUUUGUACGUUUUAAAGGCUCACCAGCCACAAGAUUUGGUACCCCAGUACAAUCUCAUACAGUUUCCCAUCCCUUGUUUCGCCAAAGCCUCAAUUUAAAAUCUUUGCCGUUAUUUGAACACAAAGGGGUUUUUUUUUUUUGUUUUGUUUUUUUUUUUGGUAUUUUGGUAUGGUAUUUUUUUUGAAAGCAUUGGCCUCACAGUUCUGAGGACCCGGGUUCGAUCCUGGCCCCGUCUGUCUGGAGUUUGCAUGUUCUCCCCUUGCCUGCAUCGGUUUCCUCCCACAUCCCAAAAACGUGCAACAUUAAUUGGAGACUCUAAAUUGCCCAUAGGUGUCAUUGUGAGUGCGACGGUUUGUCUCGAUGUGCCCUGCGAUUGGCUGGCGACCAGUUCAGGGUGUGCCCCGCCUCCAGCCAUUUGAUAGCUGGGAUAGGCUCCAGCACUCCCCUCUUGAGGAUAAGAAGGAUGAGAGGCAAAGAAAAUUGAUGGAUGUUAUUGAAAAUUUACAUCCAGUCAACAGACCUUUUUUUUUUUUUUUUUUUUUAAGUUUCAUAACUAAACAGUAUUGGGUCCAUACACUCAAAUGCAGCUGAGGCUUCUGACAAAUGACGUCAACGUACCGAAUUUUCAAGACAGAUUCCGCAUUCAUGAAGUACGCGUGUUAAUGUACGUGUUGAUUUUGGAAAGUUUGAAAACUUUUUUUUUUUUUUAAUGCACUUUUGUUUUCUGGUCAGCUUGUCUUGAAUGUGAUGAGUUGUUUAAUAUCUGUAUUGUCUGUGACAGUAAAAUGUGUGUCCGGAAC